AUGUCUGGACGUGGCAAAGGCGGAAAGGGCUUGGGUAAAGGGGGCGCCAAGCGCCACCGCAAAGUCCUGCGGGAUAACAUUCAAGGGAUCACAAAACCUGCAAUCCGUCGCCUGGCUCGUCGCGGUGGAGUAAAGCGCAUCUCAGGUCUUAUUUAUGAGGAGACCCGCGGGGUUCUGAAAGUGUUUCUGGAGAACGUAAUUCGGGACGCGGUCACCUAUACCGAGCACGCCAAGCGCAAGACUGUUACGGCCAUGGACGUGGUGUACGCGCUCAAGCGCCAGGGACGCACUCUCUACGGAUUUGGCGGUUAAGUCGGCACCCACAAACUAAUUUU